GGUAGAGUUUCAAGCAUUCAGGAAAAGUUUGGUGGCCAUCGUGAUGGAGCCGUCUCCGCGCGGAGAAGCCGUCCUUACAGAGACACCAGCAGACCAAGUGGGACCUGAGUGGACCCCUGCGCUCGGCGCUGCGUCACCCACGCUCAUGUACGACCGCACUUCGGUGGAGAAGACGUGGAAGACUCGAAUCAUGAGGCGAAACUUCAUCAUCGGGGCGUUUAUCUUGGUCGUUGUCGCUGCCGUGUCGUCCGUGAUCACGUUCACCUUGGUUGCGCCACGACCUUCCCUACCCGUCGGCUGCGACGCGUCCAUGUUGCUCGGCACGGACGUCCAAGUUCCCGUCGCUGCGUUGAAGUAUAUGUGCACGGACAACCAGUGCGUCCAGCUCAACCUGACCAAAGACGAAAGAACCAAGGCCUCGACGACAACGGGGCCCGGCAUUAUCAGCCUGCGCGUGUGCGAAAUGACGUGCGGCAACGGAUCCAUGCUUCCGAUGCCGCAGUCGGUCGCGUUUUCGAACCCGACGACCGUUCCUGUCGACAUCGAAUCCUUCUCGCAUUCGAUUACUGGAAAUAUCGAGAACAACGACCUAGUCAAGGCCAUGCAGGCUGCGUUUGCCAGCGCGUUGGCCAUGAGGUCGCAUUUAGCACUGGGCGGGACGUCCACAUCGGGGAAGAGCGUCAAAAUCGUGGCAACGAUCCAAUCGCCCAUCACGAAAUUGACUCUGGACACAGACGAAGCGUACGAGAUGUCCAUCGCCGACACGACCGUGACGAUUCGAGCCGCCACAGUGUAUGGUUACCGCCACGCGCUGGCGAGUCUGCUGCAGCUCGUAGACUGGUGCGACCUCACGCGCACGUUUCGGAUGGUGGCGGCGGUAUCUAUCAAGGACAAACCAGCGUACAAACACCGCGGGAUCAUGGUCGACGUCGCGCGCAACUUCAUCCCGAUGCCGAUCAUCGAGCGCCUUGUGCGAACGAUGGGGAUGCACAAACUGAAUGUGCUGCACUUGCACUUUACUGACUCGUCGUCGUUCCCACUGGAAAUCAGAGGCGAGCCCCGGUUCAACCAGUACGGGUUGUAUCAGAGCAACAUGGUGUACACGCAGGCCCGUGUGAAGGACCUCGUGACUUUUGCCAAGGCCCACGGUGUCAAGGUCAUUCCAGAGAUCGACGCGCCGGCGCACGCAGGAGCAGGGUGGCAGUGGGGGCCUGAGUUCGGGCUUGGUGAGCUCACAUUGUGCUGGGCGAACACUCCGUGGAUGGCGCAUUGCCUGGAGGCGCCGUGCGGUCAGCUCAACCCGCUCAACGACAACGUGUUCGACCUCCUGGACGUCGUGUGGAAGGAGAUCGGGGCCAUGUUCGACUCGGACGUGUUUCACUUGGGAGGCGAUGAAGUAUUCUUCGAUUGCUGGAUCGACUCGCCCGUGGUGGCGGAAAAAGUCCUCAACAAAACCAAUCACGCCGAAUACGUUGCGAUUUGGGCCGGCUUCCAAGAACGCGUGCAAAACAAACUGUGGGCGCGCGACCCGUCCAAGAAAAUCACGCUCUGGUCCAGCGACUUGACGUCGGCCCCCUACUUUUCGCAGCUCCCGACCGACAAGGUCACUGUGCAGACGUGGAACAUGCUCUGGAUGAACGAGCCGCGCCUGUUUACGGACGCCGGGUAUCACUAUAUUGCAUCGUUCCAGGAAGCGCAUUACCUCGAUUGCGGCCUGAAUGGGGUCGCUCGCAAAGACAACGGGUGGUGCGCCCCGUACAAAACGUGGCAAACCAUCUACGACCAGCCAUUCAACCCGAACGUGACGGCUGAAAACAACCAUCUUGUGUUGGGUGGCGAGCUCGUGCUGUGGACCGAAGUCACAGGCGCGUCCGCGCUGGAGGAUAAGAUUUGGCCGCGUGCGUCGGCGUUUGCCGAGCGGGCAUGGACGAACCCGAGCUUAAACUGGUCCAACGCCAUGGAUCGCAUGACGAUCGCCGCGCAUCGCGUCGUCGAAAGCGGUUCGGCUGCAGACAUGCUCCAGCCGCUCUGGUGUCGACAGCAUCCUGGCGAGUGCACACUACUGCUGAAGUAGUGGUGCCAAAGCAGUGACCUAUAUAUGACGUACGUUAGGUACAUAACCACUCUCGGGUAGUACAAAUUGUAGCCGCAGA